GCUCUUCGGAUUGCGAGCUUUAAUUACUCAGCCUCGGCUGUCUCGGACUGCAUUUUUGUGUGUCAUCAACAUUCCUGGUGAUAAAGCAAUUAUAAUUUCUCUUUGAACUUUUAACUUCUUUGUUCUUCCUUUUUGCUUCUCCAAAAAAAUUAUUUUUCUCAGUGAAUUUUUUAUACAUUCUUCUCUCCCUCGCGAUUAUUCCACAGAGUGGCUAACUAACUAAAUUGUUUGUGAAUUCUAAUCAAGGUUGGAUGAAUCUAUUAAUACUGAAUUAAUAUUAUAAAACGCAGCUUAAUUCAAAACGUUAGCUGCUAAGUAAAGUGUUGUUGUGAACAUCCAAAGUCCGAAAAAAGUGCCAAAAAAUCAUCAUUUGAGGAAUGCAAUUCAGUCUGGUUUGAGAGGUGAAAAUCACCGGGAGUUUUUGGGUGCAACCACUUUCGCCUGAGAAGAAUGUGAGUGCGUGGAAUUCCUGAAUUUGGUGCGGAACAUUUCGUCGAGAGAGAGUGAGAAUACAAAGCCCCAAAGAUGUUUGGGAUUAACCCGAAGUUGGUGCCCGUUAAAGCCCAUUAUUUCUUCUUCAUGGCAGCAAUGGGACCAAUAUUGCCUCAAAUAAAUGUGAUAGGAAAGCAAAUGGGCAUCCCACCGGAUAUUAUGGGCCUUAUUACAUCCAUCCUUCCCAUUAUGUAUGUCCUUGCGAAGCCAGCUGUUGGUUUCCUUGCGGAUUUCUUCACGAGUCUGAGGAAAGUAAUUUUCAUGGCAAUUAUUCUAUUGAUGACAUUGUGCUAUGCUGGCUUCUACAUCCUCCCGCAGCCACAGGAAGUAGCAGGAAAGCAUCACAGUCUCUCCUUGAAUAUUUCCCAAACAAUCCUCUGCGCCUCGCCGGAGAGUUUGAACAGCUCCUGGGUGACAGUGCAGUGCUCAGUAAAUUGCUCAAAUGUUGUGCAAGACAUUGAGGGGAAGAUAAAUGCAACAGGAGGGGAUUUCUGUGCCCACAACACCCUUCAGAGCUCCCUCAAGGGAUUCUGUGAUUUAUCCUGCACAGAACACACGGAUUUAGCACUAGAGAUGCCAAGUAUUUUCUGGACAUUCGUCGUACUCAUGUGCGUGGGGACGAUUGCAUUUAACGUGAUAAACAGCCUAAGUGAUGCUGUGUGCUUUGACGUGUUGGGUGAGAGUCAGGAGAUGAAGUAUGGGCAGCAGAGAGUUUGGGGAACAAUUGGAUUUGGACUGACAGCCCUCAUUGGGGGCAUUGCCGUUGAUCUAGGCACUGAAGGGAUUGUCAAGAGCAUCGGUCCGGCAAUUGUAAUAAUGCUAAUCUUCAGUGCUCUUGAUCUUCUAACAGUGACAAGGCUAAAGUUGCCACAACUUUCUUCUUCAGAAUCAAUUCUAAAGGAUGUGCUGAAAGUCCUGCGUCGUCCUGAUAUCUCCACUUUCCUGAUUUUUGCCACAAUUGCUGGAAUUAUUGAUUCCUUCAUAAUCUACUACAUGUUCUGGCAUCUGGAGGAGGUAGCCGCGGAGACGGGCUAUGAGGCAUCAAUUAAAUUAAUUGAGGGCUGUGUGGUGGCAGCGGAAUGCCUCGGUGGGGAAAUUCUAUUCUUCCUCAUUUCCGGGAAGAUUCUGAAGCGUAUUGGCUUUGUACAUUGCCUGAGUCUCUGCUUCUUCACCUACUCCAUACGUCUGGCUCUCAUCUCAGCCAUCCCCAACCCCUGGUACCUUGUCCCCGUUGAGCUCUUCAUGCAGGGAGCCACCUAUGCCCUCUGCUACACCUGCAUUGUAGCCUAUGCCUCAGCCAUUGCACCUCCUGGAACAUCAGCCACAAUGCAGGGCCUUGUGGCGGGUAUGGAUGAUGGACUGGGAUUUGCCAUUGGAAGCCUAAUUGGUGGACAAAUGUACAAACGCUUGGGCGGCAAAGUGAGUUUCCGCGUUUUUGCGGCAGGAGCAUUCAUUACGUGCAUUGCUCACAUAAUUCUCCGGCCGGCAAGCAAAAGCAUUCCCGGAGAUACGAGGGAGCAGUACGAAGUUCCACCGGAACAGGAGAAAGUGGCCAAAUGACUCAGGAAUCUUUAAGUGUCUUCCGUUUUUCGUUUAGAAGGAAACUUUUUGAAGAAAAAAUCAUUUUGAAAGUGAUUUGAAAAGGAACUUUUAAGUGUUGUUCUUUUAUACUCUUAAAACUUAACGUUAGGAAAUAAAUCAAAUGAAAUUUUGAAAUCAAA